AUGUCACACACAUGCAUCACGGUGACCGUGUUCUCAGUGACGUCUAAGAACAUGAUUGUGAGAUGGACCCGGUUCCCCGACGCCACCUCGUACAAGGUCACCGUCUCCCCCUCCAGCACACCUGACGACCCCACUGCCUUCGCUCAGUUCGGCCCCAACACGGUGAUGGGUUCUGUAGGGCCUCUCUCCCCAAACGUCGUCUAUGAGGUGAAGGUAGAGGCCCUGGCGAACCAAGUCGUACUCAGCACCACUUUCUUAGGGUCGAGGACAGCUCCUCAGACGGUGGACAUCGUCAACGUGAAUGCGCAGGACAGCUCCACCCUGAUCGUGGCGUUCACCCCGGUCGUCGGGGCCACGGGCUACCAACUGCGGGUGGAGAACGCUCAGGGCUACUUCAGCCAGGAGGCCGUGGCCUCGUCCCCCGCCCAGAUCGGCUCUCUGCAGCCCUACACCACCUACUCUGUGAGCAUCAUGGCCGUCAACAGUGCAGGACGCAGCCAGCCUUCCGCCUCCGUGGAGGCGAGGACAUUAUUGCCUCCCCCCCUGGUGACCACCUCCUCCCCCACCAAUGACAGCAUCGUGGUCUCCUGGCUCCCUGCGGACGGCUCUGUCUCGUACAGCGUUACCUCGGUCCCGGCUGAAGCGUACCCCAACACGACGCUGUUGAGUCAAAACAUGACCACUGUGACCUUAACGGACCUGGACGCCGGGACCCUCCACAUCAUCCAGGUCUACGGCUGGGACCAGGAGGGGCGGAAGGGAGAGGCCGGCCCGUACAUCAAUCAAACUACACGCCCUGCCACGCCGGGCCCCUUCACCGUGACGGUGGAGCGCAGCCCUGGCCAGGCGUGGCUGAACGUCUCCUGGGAGCCGGUGUUCCAGGACCACGGAGCCGUUGAGUACACGGUGAACAGCAGCCUGGACCUCCAGUGUACCACCACCCAGCUGCACUGUAUCUUAGAGCCGAUAGGCUGUGCGGAGACGCACAUCCUUCACCUGGUCGCGGCGAACGAGGCCGGCCCCUCCACCCCGACGGGUCCUGAGCUGUUUGGGACCUUUCCUUGCCGCUCGCGCAGCCCCUUGGAGGUGGAAGGAGGAGCGACCCCCCGGGGAACUUGCACCUGCUCCUGGGAGUCUGUGGAGCUCGCCGACGGCUACCAGGGCUUCAUCAAGCGGAACGACGGCGUCGAGGACGUCUGCAACACCACGGGCAACAGCUGCCACUUCCACUGCCCCUGUGGCUUCACCUACCUGACCUCAGUGCUUGCCUACAACCUGGCUGGGGACAGCGACCCCGGCCCCGUCUUGAACUACACCACCAUGCCCUGCUGUCCCGACCAUGUGACCAUCACCGCGGCGACCACCGACACCUUUGAGGUCACCUGGGCGGAGUCGCGGGGGGCCGACGUGUACGAGACGCGCGCGGUGGACGGCGGCGGAGUGGCGCUGGUCUGCAACGACAGCGCCCCCGUGUGCGUGCUGUCGGACCUCCGCUGCGACCGCCCCUACACCGUGACCGUCAGCCCCUGCAGCGAGGCCCGCGGCUGCAACCCCGCCUGCCCGCCGCACCCCAAGGACACACCUCCCUGCACGCCCACGGACCUGUCGCUGGCCCAGGGGAACGGCAGCAGCGUGACGGUGAGCUGGGCGGCGGAGAACCGCGACGCCAACUACACGGUGAGCGCCGUGGGGCCGCGGGGCCGCCACACCUGCUGGUCCGACGCCCGCAGCUGCGUGGUCGACGCCCUGACCUGUGGCUCCUCCUACAACUUCAUCGCCGUGGCGCACAGCGACGCGGGCCAGAGUUUGCCCAGCUACUCUGUUCCCUUGGAAACAGCGCCCUGUUGCCCCGCCUCCCUGGAGGUGGACCCGGUGACCCAGGCCAUGUCCAACGUCUCGUGGUCCCACGCCAGAGGGGCGGACUCCUUCGUCACCACGCUGACGUCCCCGCGGGGGCACGCCAGCUGCCACACCCAGGACUCCCACUGCCUCAUGGGAUGCAUCACCUGCGGAACCAACUACACCGUCACCAUGGAGACCUACAGCCGCUCCGGGCACAUGGCCAACUGCUCCUACCAGGGCUUCUCCUCCAGUGCCUGCUGUCCGUCAGGCAUCAAGCUGUACCGGACGGCCGGGAGCGGUCUGCGCGUGCACUGGCGCCCUUCCAGCGGCGGCCACAACUACACGGUAGAGAUGACCGGCAGCACCAACUACACCUGCAGCCCGCUGCCGGGCCAGUCCAGCUGUGACCUGGAGAACAUCGAGUGUGGGAACAUCUAUGUGCUGCUGGUGGCCCCGCUGGCCGCAGACGGCACCAGGGUGGAAUUCUGCCACCAGAGGCUGUACUUAGUCACUUGUUCAGGCUACAAUCUAGGCAUGGUAAUAUACAGAGGAAAACAAUUUGUGGACUAGCACACACGGUUCUGGGUGGUUCCGGUUGGUUCCGGUAGCAACUUACCUCCUUCUCAAUUUAUCCUCCCUCAUCAUGGACACCAAUGAGGGAAACUUUUUACAACGGUGUAACUAACUAAAAUAAUAAAAAUAGUAAAUAUAAGCGAUGUCACAUAAGAGCGGUGUCAUCAUUAAAACCAAGUCUGAUUGGAAGUCAUUCACACUAGAAUUUGAUAUUAUAAUGUGGCCAAAAAAAAAGCAAAGCCAAGCUUGUGAAAGGGAACAAAAAACAUUUGUAUUAAAUAAAGAUGCAAAAGGUGGGUUUGAACCAUACCUGUCCAGCCUUAAAUAAAACAUUUUGUCAUUCUCUCUGAUUGGUUAGUAAUUUAUCCAAUAAAAAAUGUGUCCUUACCAAAGAGCAUAUGCAAAGUAUUUAGCUUCUUUAGAACACGACUCCAAUACUGACUGACUUACUUAAAUACCUAUGCAAUAUGUCAUUAAUGAUCUCUUCUGUGUGCUCAAUAGUCCGCAAGAUGUAUGAACUAGUUUGGACUGUAUCAGAUUUGUACAAUCGGAUCUAUGUCUCAAUUAAUAAAAAGAUU